CUAAGUCCCGCCCCGGUAGGGGACCUGAACGGGGAAGGGGAAAUAGCCGACCGCCAUGUUAGUACAGGUUCUGUAGCCGCGCUGGAGCGGAGACCCCAGCAGAGCCCAGUCCCCAGAACGCCUGACAAGGAGCGGCGCCGCGUCUCUCAGCGGGGUGCUCAGAGCCUGGCCGGGGAGACGGGGACAGCCGUAGCGGUACCGGGAAGGAAGCGGCGCUGGCGGCCCGGGCUGUUGUCGCCGGCGGCAGGUCCCCGCCCGAGCUGUAGCCGGCGGCGGGUCCCCGGGCAGGGGGUGGUGCUGCUGCCACUUCUCCCGUGAACGAUGCGGCACCCGCCGCUGGGCUGGGUCGGAGCUCGGCCGGCGGCGGCCCCUUGCUGUGUCCGGGCCGAGGCCGCCGGGUCCCGGGCCCCACGCGGCGGCUGGGCGAGCGCAGGAUGCUGAGAGCGGCCCCGCGCCCUGGUGCUGCUGCCGCGGGGAAAGGGCCCCCCCGGGGCUGAACGCGGACUCUCCCCUUCCUCUCCCGGGCUCUCGGCGCCUCCCCCGGGCCCUACCCGCCCCCGCCGAGUCACCGCCUCCCACAGGAGUAGCGGCGGCGGCGGGGCUGAGCUGCUCCUCCCCUCCGGCCGCGCCGAGCGGCGGAAGAUGGCGUGGGUGCUGAAGAUGGAUGAAGUGAUCGAGUCCGGGCUGGCGCACGAUUUCGAUGCCAGCCUCUCCGGCAUCGGGCAGGAGCUGGGAGCCAGCGCCUACAGCAUGAGUGAUGUUUUGGCACUGCCAAUUUUCAAGCAGGAAGAUUCCAGCCUUCCACCAGACAGCGAGACCAAACAUCCACCGUUUCAAUACGUUAUGUGUGCUGCAACAUCUCCAGCAGUCAAAUUGCACGAUGAAACUCUUACUUACUUGAACCAAGGUCAGUCCUAUGAAAUACGGAUGCUAGAUAAUCGGAAGAUUGGAGACAUGCCGGAGAUCAGUGGAAAACUGGUGAAGAGUAUCAUAAGAGUUGUGUUCCAUGACAGAAGGCUGCAAUAUACAGAGCACCAGCAACUGGAAGGUUGGAAGUGGAAUCGCCCUGGGGACAGACUUCUUGACUUAGAUAUUCCAAUGUCUGUUGGAGUAAUUGAUAUAAAGACAAAUCCAAGCCAGCUCAAUGCAGUCGAAUUUCUGUGGGAUCCUGGAAAGCGUACAUCUGCCUUUAUUCAGGUACAUUGUAUCAGCACCGAGUUUACCCCACGUAAACAUGGAGGUGAAAAAGGAGUUCCUUUUAGGAUUCAGGUUGACACUUUUAAGCAGACUGAAAAUGGAGAAUACACAGAUCAUUUGCAUUCAGCCAGCUGCCAAAUCAAAGUUUUUAAGCCAAAAGGAGCAGACAGGAAACAGAAAACAGACAGAGAAAAGAUGGAGAAGCGAACUGCACAUGAAAAAGAAAAGUAUCAACCUUCGUAUGACACCACAAUCCUCUCAGAGAUGAGGCUUGAGCCUAUAAUUGAAGAUGCAGUUGAACAUGAGCAGAAAAAGUCCAGCAAGCGGACUUUGCCAGCAGACUGCGGUGAUUCUCUGGCAAAGCGAGGCACUUGCUCACCAUGGCCUGAUACUCCUACGGCAUUUGUAAACAAUAGCCCUACCCCAACACCAACUUUUACCUCUGCUCAACAUAGUACCUACAGUGUCCCAGACAGCAAUUCUUCCUCCCCAAAUCAUCAAGGAGAUGGAACUUCUCAAGGGUCUGGAGAUCAACUUCAGCCUUCAGCCACAAUCCAGGAAACUCAGCAGUGGUUACUCAAACAUAGGUUCUCUACCUAUACAAGGCUUUUUUCAAAUUUCUCAGGUGCUGAUUUAUUAAAGCUGACAAGAGAGGACCUGGUACAAAUCUGUGGUCCGGCCGAUGGCAUUCGGCUAUAUAAUGCACUGAAAUCCAGGUCUGUUAGGCCCCGUUUAACAAUCUAUGUCUGCCAAGAACCAUUGAGGAGCAUACAACUGGAAAGGCAGCAAGAUGCAACCAAUGGUGAUAACAGCAAUGGUGCAAUAUAUGUUUAUCAUGCAAUCUACUUAGAAGAAAUGGCAGCCUCAGAAGUCACUCGCAAGCUUGCUUUGGUGUUUAAUAUUCCUUUGCAUCAGAUUAAUCAGGUUUACAGACAGGGUCCUACUGGUAUCCACAUCCUCGUUAGUGAUCAGAUGGUUCAGAACUUUCAAGAUGAGAGUUGCUUCUUAGUCACCACAAUAAAAGCUGAAAAUGGUGAAGGUUUCCAUAUAAUUCUGAAGUGAUGGCAUAGAGAGAGGUGUGUGUGUAUAUAUACUGGACUGAUAUUCCAAUGCAGAAUGAAGUCAUGCUUAAUGACGAUGAAGAACAUCCAAAAACUCUUAGGAUUGGACUUCACCAUAUAAAAUGUUUCAUAUUGAAAACACGAGACCUUUCUAAUGAGCUGUUUGAUAGGUGAACUUUCUUAUCACUGCCAUAGCUAAGUGUCCUCAUAAGAGGUAUAAUGCCAUGACAGCCUAUGUACAGGCAUGGAAGACAAUAUAAGCAAAGGUGCUUGCCCUUUAUUGAAAUAAGGCAAAUUAUGGCCAGUAGAUACAGUUUCUAGAAGCAGUAUUGCUUUCCUAUUAUACUGUGUCCAGUUUGGAGAUGAAUGUAAACUUAUUCUGGGGCAUUUACCUUUCUGUGCCAGUUUGUCUAUUACUUGCUUGUACCUUAUGCUGAUUUUAUUUUUUGAUGUUAGCAGAGCACAUAGUAAUCUGUGUGGAGACGAGUAGUUAAGAUGAUAGUGAUCAGGUUGUUUGGGUCUUUUGAGAGUAAAGCUGUCAAAACAGCUUCCUUGUGUAAAUUGUGUAUAAGAGUGUAUGUAAGAAAUGUAAAUGCCAGAAUAGGAUUUUAAUAAGUCCUAGCCAGAUGCAAUAUAUGCAUGCAGCAAACUGCAUUAUUGACAGUACCUUAUUGAAAGGAUUAACAUAAAUCCUGUGGGGUACGAAGUAUUUGUUUUGCUUUUAACAAAUUUAAUGGAAAAGAAUUGCCUAUGCAUCCUUAAUUUUUAGUUUCCAGUUUCUCUAAGAAGCACUGCUGCAGGGUUUUUUUUGUUUGUUUGUUUUUUGCUUUUUAAAAUGGUGGGGUUAAAAACAACAAAUUGCCAGUAAUAAUGAGGGUUUUCCUGAGGUGGUGGUUUUUUUUUGGGGGGGGGGGGAAUUGUGUGAACAAGGAAAUUUGACCCACUGGCACCAAGGGGCUACAACAUAGCUUUAAGUACUGUCAAUUACAUUGCUCAAGAAACACUAAAUAUACACCACUUAGUCUCUUUAGUAGCAGGUAUGUCUUUCUAUAAUCACUCUUUAUGGGCAGGUAUCUUGACCUUUUCUGAGAUUUCUUUAUUGAUUCUGUAAAUUUUUUUUUACAGUGCCUCUUCCAUAUGACCUAAUACUUAUUUCAAAGAUAAGCAAUGUGCUUUUCAAAAUUGAGUUUUUCCUUGAAAUUGUCAAAUGUAUGGCACAGCAAUUCAAACAUUUAAUAUUAAUGUCCACUUAUGAGUUUAUUAAUUAGGUACUCUGGGGAAGAUUUUUCAAAGGCAGAAAAACCCCUUUUAACUCACAAUAUCCCCUCUCCCUUUAAAUCAGUUUGAAAGUUUUGAAUGCUGUAGUGCUAAGUGCAAAAUCAUUCAUAGAGAACAAACUACUACAGCAUGCAAAAUGCUACUUUGAUAUUAUUUAAUUCCUUCUUUAGCUGGGUUAAGUUCUUACCAAGAAAGCCUUUCUAAAGCUCUAGCAAUUCUGCAAACUUAAAUAUUUUUCUUUCCUGUUUUUCUACCCAGAUCAAAUGGAAUUUUGUAGACUUAAGUUCGAAUUUCUUCUGCCUAUAAAUGCUUCAUCGUUAAGUAUUGGUUGGGUCUUCAUAGUUUAUUGAACUGACAAUUAUCAUUUCACCUCAGCACCAUUUUCAAAUCUCAAAUGUUUUUUUAUAAAAGUGGAUACUUUCCAAUCAAGGAUUUUUCCAUUUAAUUUUAAAGGAAUUGUAUAGUAGUUUGUCCAGCUCACUUGAAAUUGGAAUUAAAUUAUGGCACCAGCAAAUUGCUUUUGUUUUAAGAUGUACACAUUUCAAUUUAAGUAUAAUAAAUGUUUUUCAAUAAUUUUGUAAAUGUGCUGCUUAUUUUUCUGCUAAAAUAGAAUUAACAUUAUCUGCUCUGAAAUGCAUUACUGCUACUAAGUCAGCUCCCCCAGCAAUAUUUUAGAAAACAAAUAAAAAAAAAGUAUGGUUUUUGUCAAGCUGAAAUUGAGUUUUUUUCAAGAGUGAAAUAUUAAUGGCUUGCAGUGCUCCUUAAUUUUUGAAAUCAGUGAAACAGAAGUUCAAGUAAAUAUUAGCUGAUUGUUUAUUUGUUUCCUCUAUCAUUUUUCUUAGUGUAAGCAUAUGUUAAAUUUUGGUUUUUGUACAACUUUAAUGCCAUAAAAACCUCACAAUAAGAUCCAUAAAAAUGAGCCAAACCUAAGGCAACACACAACUACUCAUUCUGACAAGUUGCACUGAGUUCACAUUUAAUUUUGGUCUUCCCCCAAUGUUCUGCUAAGAAAAUUGUAUAAAUCCAAAUUUCUAAGUGGGAAUCUUGGUAAUAGAAGUGUAUUAAUAAUAUGAAAAUUAAUCCAGGAAUUUUUGCUGUUGCUACAAAGCUGAACCACCAAAGUUUAAUACUAAGUCUUUAUACCAUAUUCAUAAAGUUUGCGGAUCUGCAGCUGUAAAAAGCUGCCUUACAUUUUCACAUUAACUUUUUAAAACAUGUAGUUCUAAACAUUCCAGAUUCAGUGUGCAGUGUAAAUGUACACACUGCCAUCUGCAUCCAGUUAUGUUUUGCCAACAACUUAGACAUUCCCCAUAAUGGUAAGGCAAUAUUUCCAGUAUGUGUGGCUUAUUAGAGCUUUUGUCAAAUGACUACAUCAUUUUCAGAAUUUAAACACUAUCAGUUGACCAGUCUUUUUUAAGCCCAAGAUAUUUUCCUUUAAAGGGUUACUGUUGAGCCUCGGUACCUAAGUGAGUAUACAGAUGUUGUGCACACCAACCAUUUAUUUAGAUGGCUUAAUAUAAAAAUGUAGCUCCCCCUUAGACUUGUGGUUUUACAUUCAGAUUUCACUCUCCAUUGUAGAAGGCUUAAAUCUACAGCUGAAAUUCUGUCCCUACUGCUGUCAAUGAGGCCAGAAUGUUGCCCUACCAUAUUUAAAAAAAAAAAAAGUUACAGGUAUUAAUGUAAUUGUCAUGUUGAAUGCUCAGUUUCUGAAAAGUUUGGCUUCAGUUUUUAAAGGAACAGAAACCACUGCUUGUUCAGGGUCUCAACCAUGUCAACUAUGUUAAAUUACUUAGCCCAGGGGUUUUCAACCUUUUCUCAUUUGCAGACCCCUUUGGAAAUCUGAAUUGUGUGGGGCUCAUUGGUUAGAGUACUGGCAUAGGAUGCAGGAGCCCAGCAUUCAAUUCCUUGCUCUGUCUCACAGAUUUAGGAUCUGGCCUAGGGCAAAUUAAGUAAGCUCUGUUUUAAAAAAAAAAAAAAAAAGACAGUAAUACCCCCAGAGCUUCUGUUUAGGGCUAAAUAUAUUAAAUACCAUGACAAUGAGGGAAGUAUAAGUACCAUACAUAGAUAUUCUUUCAGCCACUAUAGUAAACAGCUCUACCUACUCAGCUAGAGCAUAUAAAAAAGACCUUUUGUGUACAGGACACAAACUGCCAUAUCUUUCUUAUCCUAACCUACUGGGUAACACUUAAGACUGUUUAGAGAAAUAUUCUAAACAGACCAUUCAACAAUGUGAGGAGUGCUCUUUUGUAUAUGAUUAGUUCAAAUUAAGAGGUAGUACACCUCUAGAAAACUAUUUAACAUGUUGGGAGUUUUUGUAGAAAUUAAAUAAAGCUGUAGCAAAAUAGGAAGCUAUUUUUCAUUAUUACUUUCCCUUUUUUGGUCAACUUCUGCUAAAGCUGAUUUGUCCUCAAACCUGAUGAUGUAAUUGGUUAUGUGUAUUGUACAACAGCAAUUUGGACUCACAUGCUUGAGACCCUGAAUUUUUUUUUACACUAAAGAAUGCUUACAAAUAGGAAUAUUCAGGUUUAGUGAGGCUUAUAGUGUUGGGGCUGUCACUGAGCAUCUACAACUCUGAAAUACCCCAGUCCACAUUAGCAAAUGGUACUAUGAUUGUCAUAUCAACAGCAGGGAUGGUGGAGUAGAUGUAA